AUGAAUUAUGUGGGAUUUACCACAGGGUCCUUCUUGCUUUCUGAGGCUCGGGGCUGCAAGAUCAAGGCCCUGCGCGCCAAGACAAACACAUACAUCAAGACGCCAGUGCGUGGGGAGGAGCCGGUGUUCAUCGUGACAGGCCGCAAAGAGGAUGUGGAGAUGGCCAAGCGCGAGAUCCUGUCGGCUGCCGAGCACUUCUCCCUGAUCCGGGCCUCUCGCGGCAAGGCGGGGGGACUGCCAGGCGCCGCCCAGGGCCCCCCCAACCUGCCCGGACAGACCACCAUCCAGGUGCGCGUGCCCUACCGCGUGGUGGGGCUGGUGGUGGGGCCCAAGGGCGCCACCAUCAAGCGCAUCCAGCAGCGGACACACACAUACAUCGUGACUCCCGGGCGUGACAAGGAGCCGGUGUUCGCUGUGACGGGGAUGCCCGAGAACGUGGACCGCGCACGCGAGGAGAUCGAGGCGCACAUCACGCUGCGCACCGGUGCCUUCGCAGACUCGGGCCCUGACAGUGACUUUCACGCCAAUGGCACCGACGUCUGCCUGGACCUGCUGGGCGCCGCCACCGGACUCUGGGCUAAAGCCCCUCAUCCGGGGCGGCGGCCCCCCACAGCCACGGCCCCCGUCGGCCUCCGAGGAGACAGUGCCCUGGGGGCACCCGACGCCUAUUAUGCGGGCGCGAGAGCAGGCCCGCCCGGGCCAGACCCAGGCCCCGCCAGCCCCUACAGCAGCUCCGGCAGUGGGGGUUUCACGUUCCCCGGGGACAGCACAGGGACUCCUGCGCCCGAGGACUGCGACUUUGGCUUCGACUUCCUGGCCCUUGACCUCACCGUGCCCACCGCGGCCACAAUCUGGGCACCUUUCGAGCGCGUCCCGCCCCCGCUGCCCACCUUCAGCAGUUGUGCAGCUGUCAACGGGACCCCGGGGCCACCCCCGGCAGGUGCCAUGGCUGCGCUGGUCCCCUGUGGCCACAACCUCUUCUGCAUGGACUGCGCCGUCCGCAUCUGUGGCCGCAGCCAGCCUGAGUGUCCUGCCUGCCGCACGCCAGCCACCCAAGCCAUUCGCGCGGGGACAGCCAGCGGCCCAGCUGCAACACCCCAGUUCCCGCUGAGUGACAGUGUUGAGUGAACAGGUUCAAAUAAACCGAGAGAAGAGG